AUGAACGGGUACGCGAGAUGCACGGUCCCGCCGAUCUUAGUCAACGCGCGACCGAAAAAUAACAACAACAACAACAACGUUAUUGGUAACAGCAGCACUUCUCCGACGGCAGCGCCGACGCCGAAGCGAACGAGCGAGGACCGAGACGAUGCCAAAUUUGGGGGCGUGGUGAGUCAGCAACCACACGCCUCUGUGCACCACGAAAGAGGACAAAGAAGGAAAAAAUCGGUUCGGUUUACGGAAACGCCGGAUGAAGUCGUCGGGACGGCGGAGGAUAUCGAUCGAUCGUCGAUUUCAGCGCCGAAGAGGUGCGACGUGUGCAACGUACAUCUGGUUGGGUUCGUGUGGGAGUGCGGCGCGUGCUGCGAACAAGAGAAGUCGACGAAAAAUGAUGGAAGCGGCGAAGAUGCGAUGUCAUCACGCGGAGAACAACAUCAAGUACAACAUUCACCUUCUUGUCAAGCGUGCGAGGAGUUAGUCGGGGUUGGAAGAAUGGCCGUUCGCGAGGAAGAGAGAGUGAAGAAUACGAUGUUGGAGAUUGGGCCGCAGUCGCCGCACCAGAGUCAAGGGACGGUGUUUAAUAGUGGGAAUACGGCUUCGAGUGGUGGCGAUCAUGGAUUUUCGCAUAGGUCCAGGAACAACAAGAACAAUAACAACAUAGAAGAAGGAGAAGAUGCUUCAAAAAAAGGGUUCCGACUGUGCGUGAGUUGUUAUCAGAUGCACGCGAGGUUAUCGAUGAGUCGAACGAGGUUUUUGGAAGAAAGGAAACGGAAGGAGGAGGAGAAUCUCAGAAAGCAGACGAUUUCGUCGUCGUCAGAUGAUACGAUUACUAUCACACCUACGACGACAACUACAACUCUUCCCGUGCCAGUUUUGAACAACACGACGGCAUCCGUGCCGACGGCAGAGGCGACGCCGGAAGAAAAAGAAACCGUCUUCUCCGCCGGUCAAAACAACUCUUUAUGGUUACAACUCGCCGAACAAUUACAAAUUCACGAGCACGAUCCUCAAAACUUCAUUCGAACUGGAUUAGACGACCAAUUGGCGCUGGAAGAAAUCAUACGCGAUCGAGCGACGCUCAUGGUCAACGGUGAAGACCGACUGGGAAGAAUUUUGAAAGAAGCGACGCGAAGGAUGGACGCGGCGAAGCAAAACGACGCGGAAAGUCCCGAAAACGAAAACUCCAACGGUAUGCAUCAGAACGAAGAGGAACUCGCGCCGGCUUUUUGA